CGGCGCGUGGCAGUCCGGCCGCCCCCGCAGCUCGCACCGGUCCCGGCGCUGCCGGGCCUCCGCUCGGAUGCCGCUGCCGGCCGCCGCUUGCGAUGGUCCAUGCCGGGCCGGCCGCGCGCGCGCCCUCUCGCGCGAUGUUCGCCGCCGCUGAGAGCAAACCGCGCCGCGCCGUCUCGCCGCUAGGAAUCCCAAAGUCUCCGUCGUUCCACUCGGGGCUCGAUCUCGUUGCUAACCAAGCGGCCACCAAGCGCUCCGAGAGCGUGUCGGACGUCGCGCGCGCUUUCCGGUUCGCGCUGUUCGCCGGCUCCGGCAUGGAGGGCCAGGGCCCGCAGCAGAAGGCGCCGUCGCCGCCGGACGCGCGCAGCCCGCCGCCCCCCGCCGCGGCCGCCGUCUCGCCCGAGCGCCCCACGCCGAUACCCAAUGCCGAUAAGGAAAGUUUGAUGGUGCAGCUCCCCCCGCUGAAAGAUGCACCAGCAGCGGAGCGUGAACAGCUAUUCGUUCAGAAGCUGCAGCAAUGCUGUCUCCUGUUCGACUUCGCGGACGAGCCGCUUUCAGACCUCAAGUGGAAGGAAGUCAAGCGUGCUGCCUUGUUGGAGAUGGUGGAGUACGUGACGUCACAGAGAGGCGUCAUUACAGAACCUAUAUACCCGGAGGCGGUUAAUAUGUUCGCAAUAAACCUAUUCCGGACACUGCCGCCAUCAUCAAACCCCAACGGGGCGGAGUUCGAUCCUGAGGAGGACGAGCCCACCCUGGAGGCCGCCUGGCCACACCUGCAGCUGGUCUACGAGCUGUUCCUGAGGCUGCUGGAGUCGCCUGACUUCCAGCCUAACAUCGCCAAGAAGUAUAUUGAUCAGAAGUUUGUUUUACAGCUCCUAGAACUGUUCGACUCGGAAGACCCUCGGGAGCGCGACUUCCUAAAGACGACGCUACACAGGAUAUACGGAAAGUUCCUAGUUCUACGCGCGUAUAUACGGAAGCAAAUCAAUAACGUUUUCUAUAGGUUUAUCUAUGAGACGGAGCAUCACAACGGCAUCGCGGAGCUGCUGGAGAUCCUCGGCUCCAUCAUCAACGGGUUCGCGUUGCCGCUCAAGGAGGAACACAAACUAUUCUUAUUGAGGGUGUUACUACCGCUGCACAAGGCGAAGUCGCUGUCAGUAUAUCACCCGCAGCUGGCAUACUGUGUCGUGCAGUUCCUGGAGAAAGACCCCUCGCUCACGCAGCCUGUCGUUAGGGCGUUACUAAAAUACUGGCCGAAGACCCACUCGCCGAAAGAGGUGAUGUUCCUCAACGAGAUGGAGGAGAUACUCGACGUGAUCGAGCCCGCAGAGUUCCAGAAGAUCAUGGACCCGCUGUUCAAGCAGCUCGCCAAGUGCGUCUCCAGCCCACACUUCCAGGUAGCGGAACGAGCUCUCUACUACUGGAACAACGAGUACAUAAUGUCGUUAAUAUCGGACAACGCGACGCACAUACUACCCAUCAUGUUCCCGUCGCUGUACCGUAAUACCAAGAGUCAUUGGAACAAGACUAUACACGGCCUUGUGUAUAACGCGCUCAAGCUGUUCAUGGAGAUGAAUCAGAAGCUGUUCGAUGAGUGUACGCAGCAAUAUAAGCAGGAGAAACAGAAAGAGCGUGAACGUCUUCUGCAGCGCGAGGAAGUAUGGCAGGCGCUAGAGGCCCGCGCCGCCGCCGCGCCCGCCGCGCGCGACAACGACGACUUCACGCUCACCUACCAGCGCAUCGACCAGGAGGCGCAUGAGCUAAGAAAACAAGGCUACAACGCGAGCAAACCUCUGCUCCGCAAGAAAUCGGAGCUACCCGCCGACUCGACGACCGUCAAAGCGUUGAUCGAGCACAAGCGAGCCGACGCCUACCUACCCACGCCGCCCGACGUCAACCAGUGCUAGCGAAGUUACUGAGAGACGCUUCCACAAGCCUCGGGGACAACUUCCUAUAGUUGUUGACUGCAAUAACAAGUUAUAUGUACGGGGAAUCUACCCUAGAGGGAGGAAAUUGUUGAAAUGUGGUGAUGAAAAUUAAGAUUAGACAGGGUAAGAUCAAUUCCAGAACAGAACAAGAUAGUCGACAACGGCCUGCAAUGUUGAGCAAUCAAAUUAAAUUAUGACAAAAAUUAUACAAAGAAUUAUACCAAGUUUCUAAAGUGCCGGACUUUUGACCGCUGGCAACACCGGUCACCCGAGUGUGAGCGAGAGGACGCUAUAUGAGUGACGAGUGACGCAAUGUGCUCGAUAUUGAUUAGUUAGUACACAUAUAUUAUUACGGUAGUGUCCUUUUGUUGAUGUUUUAUAUCCACCGGUCGGCAGUCGCGUUCGGAUCGCGUGAUAACCGACCAAUAGGAGGCCGGGUCUUUUUGCAUGCUGCGCCGCCAUUGGUCGGUUAUCACGCCAUAUAAAUUGCUACUUAAAUGUAUCGGAGCACUGCUGUUAUUGUAUUAUAAUGUAAAAGAAGUUUAAUUCGGCGCGUUGUCGACCUACAUUAUACGGAGAUGUGAUGCAAAUUGUGAGUGACUGGGAUGUAGUUUUUAUUCUGUCUUUCACGAAAAUUAUUGCUUACUUACAGAACUUCUUGUAGGAAAAUUGACAUACUGGCCUUGUUUUAAAUUCCUUACAAAAUCUUUAUUCUUUUAAUACUUCAAUGCUACUUCAUUUUAAAUUUUAUAGGCAAUUACAAACCUUAUGUCAAUAAUCCUACAGUUCAAAUUCUAUCGUAAAACUGUCAAUAUUGAUCUGCUUUCCUAUAUUUUCAAUUCGCAUCACAAAGCGGCUCGUUUGACUCGUAACUAAUUAUAAUUAUGUGACAGGUGAACAUCAUUCCACGCCAUUACCACCUACGAAACGUUUUAGCCCAAUCGUGUAUUAAUUUAACAAAUAUAUUUAGAUGUAUAAUCAUGUUGAUUUAAAUGCUUAGGGAAUUAAAUUACUGGAGUCGCCAAAGGAACGAAAGCACCGCUCUUAGUAUACAUCCAUACAUACACAAGUUUACGCUUGACAAUCGAAAGUGAAUGAGUGAACUAUCUAUAAUAGUUGCGUUGCCUCGUUGCGAGUUAUUGGCAGACUUUCGCAAAGAGGUUUACGCUCAAGGCGUCUCCGGUUGUUCAAAUACUCUAAGCUUAAACGCCAUACUGUUUUAGAUCACGGGAGAUUAUCAAUUGACUUCAUACAGUAAAGAAAAUGUAGUUUUCAUCAGUUUAAUUUGAUUCUCUCCCGUUUUUUAUUAAAAGCGCUGUGACAUGUGCUUUUUAGAAGCUCGUUUUUAUAGCACGUGCUAGAAGUUAGAUGCCAUUCCCCAAUAAGCAAGCUUUCGUACUUCUACCGAGCACUUGUCACAACACUAAUCUUUAAUUUAUUGUUUAUAGAAACCAAAUACAUGAACACAUGUCUACAUUACGCUAUCUAUACAUUAAAUAUAGAUAACAUUAUUUUUAUUAACGUUCCCAUAAUUAUGUAAAGUAUAUUUUUUAUGUCAGUUUGACAUAUUUUAAUUUAGUCGACCAUGUAUGGAGGGCGAGAGAAAACCCUGCACAAUACUAACGACGUAUUUCAUUUAAUCAUUACUAAAUAAUAUUUUAAAAUCUCGUGUUUCAUUUUUCUCGCCUAAGUACGGAAACAUAUUUAGCUUACGCGAUAAAUAAUUCCUAACUAAAUAAGUAGAGACAUAAGUGUUUCGGUUACGAUAAUAUAGGAUUGUAAUAAAUUGUAAUUCAACCGUCCUGCGGUACCAUGUUUGAUAAUGUAAAGACUAACGCGCUACCCGCUUCUUGCAUCUCGCUUGCAACACAUUUCGCUGUAGACGUUAAUAUAACUACACAGUAUUCCCGCGACGUAAGCUGAGUAUGUCUCCGUCGUACACUCGACGCGUAGUUAGUUUAUUUAUAAAGAGUAUAUGCCUAUCUGCCUUUAUGAAGUACCUUAAUUUUAUUACUCGGGGCACCCACGGUGAUGUAUUUCGAUUUAUUUUAAGUUUUAUUAUUUCGUGUGUAGAAAGUGCCAAAGGAGUUUGAGUUGAAGCCAUUUCAAACAGUCGACACUUUGUGAAAUGUAUGUAUAAAAUGUAUUAGAUGAGCUUCGGGGAUGAGAGAAUGCUCGAGAGCACCUAUGUAUGUAAUUAUUUAUUUUUUUAUUUAAACAUUAACUUACAUUAUUAUUGAGUGAUGACUGAAAGGGUAUAUCAAGUGUUUUACGCAAAGUAUACGGUACUAUCGACUUACGUAGCUAGAUUUUGUAACUUUUAUAUUUAUAGUUAUUUGCAGUGACGUGUUAAAUGACGUUAAAGUUAAAUGUACAGUUUCGUGUUACAGGCAUAAGCCGCUAUUAUCUAAAUAAGGCCAGUUCCUAACAUUGAGGAAGAAGAUUUUCAAACGUGUUUGCACUGUUGUGAAUAUCCUUAAGAUAGGUCGUAAAGCAUUUAUAAUAUUUAGAGUUCCGAUUGUUAUAAAUUGUACAUCGUAAAUGAAACAAAAUUAGUGUUAUGUGUUUGAUCUCGUUAUAGCAACAGCACAUGUAUGAAAAUCUAUUUCCGAAGGAUUUUCACCGCUAGGCCUUAAACCUAGUCGAUAGUAUCAAAUACUUACUCUCACAAGUUUCAACACGGCAAGUGACUGUACUGGAUUAUAAUUAACAGUUUUAAAAUAAGAUAAUAUAAUAAAAACUUAAUUAAUACGGAAUUUUCGCAAUAAGCUUCAGGUAAGCAAAUGAGUGCAAUGUUUUGAUAUACAUAUAGUGUCCCGGACAGUUACUUGCUGACUUUGUCUGUCUGACUGUGUGUUCGCGUGACGCAUGAUCGACAAAUGACCUCACUUUAGCGAAUUAUUUGCAAAACGCUGUUCAACAAAUUGAUAAAUUUUGUAUAAAUAUUUAUAACGAUAAUGUAACUGUUGAAAACAAAUAUUGUAACAGAUGACAUAUUAUAAGGUGCUUAUGAUUAUCGUUAUAAUACAAAGUUGUGCAUAUAA